GACCGGGUAGAUGGGGCUGCGUACAACCCAAUCACAUGACAUUUUUCGAUAUUUUUAGCUUUUUCGAUUUGUUUUUUUAGUUUAAAUUUAGUUUUUUUACAAUUAGUUUAAAUGAAUUUAGUCUAGUUCCAAUUUUAAGCUAUAUUUUCAUUACUAAUGGAUAAUACGCCAGACAUUGUCGCUAUUCCCGCCGGUUAUGAGGAUCCUGGCCGUGACUAUUUCGAAUCAGAUGAUGAAAAUGAUUUGGAUCAUAUUGUGUAUCCUGAGUCAGGCAAAAAGAUUACAUUUGAAGGAACUCCAGAAUUUGAAAACAUAGAAGGUGAUGAUGACCAAGCUGCCAAAGAUGAUUCGUCAACUGGUGAAUGUUAUGUUACUGAACUAGAAUAUUUCCUUGGUGAAAUCAACCUCAAAGAUUAUAUUGAUUUCUUUAAGAAACAACGGAUCUCAUAUAAUGAUCUCAUAUCUUUCAACGAAACUGAUCUCGAUGCGCUCGAUAUACACGAAUAUGGAGUUAAACUGAAGAUUUGGGAAGCCAUCAAAAAGGAACACAAGGGAAACUGGCAGCCCUCUCGUAUUUCAUAUUUGCAACAAAAGUCUCGGAUAAACUGUGCUGAUGUUGUUAUUAUGCUCAGAAACAUGGAGAAUCAUUUAAGAAGCAUGCAAUCUACUUUUCACUAUUUACGGAAUCAUUUAAAGAAUGACCCAAAUAUGGUUUCAAGAUACAUAGAAGUUGCCAAUAUGAAUGAUAUUAUUGCUUCAAGUAAAGAUACAUACGCUCAAGGAGUCUCUCUCAUGGCCACCAUGAAAUCAUUUGUUCAAGACGUAACUUUUGAAGAAGUUACUUCAAAUGGCUAUGGUAAAGGAUCAAUGAAAUCAAAACAAAAGAAGCCAAUACCUUACAAAACAGUUUUUCUCAUCUCUGGUCUAUUUGGUGUAUUUACUACCAUGACAUAUCUCAAUCGAGAAUCAAUAUUCUCACUUUUUUCCAGAAAAUAGCUUCAUUAUAUUUCACUUUUUAAUACUUCUUUCAACACUACUCGACUUGGAGCUAAUAUUUUUCUACUACAAAUGGAUUUGAGUCCAAAUUAAUUUUUCGAGCUUAUUUAAAAUAAAUUUUUGUUUAUUUUUCACAAUCUGUUUAUUUUUAUCUAAUCUAAUCAUUUGGUCAAAAUUCUCGAGUCGAGUAAAAUUUAUAAUUUCAGAGUAACCAACAUUUCAUUACAAACUCUAUUCAUUGAUCGAACCUUCAAAUAAGUUGCCAAGAAAAGUAACUUGUCAAAAGUAAGUCACCAUCUAACAAAACCGAUUAAAUAUUAUUUAACAUCAUUUCAUGUUGUGUCAGCCAAGCAACAAACUCAGAAUAUGGUGAAUAAAAGGUAACAGUGGAUCAUUCACAUUGUCAAAUAUUUCAAUGAUGGAAUCAAUCAAAUCAUUCUGAUACCAUGGUAUACUCAUUGUGAGCACAAACUAUUGUAUAAUAACAUGUUAAAGUCACACCAACAAGGUAAACCAUUUGGCUUUGUAAUGAUGACACCGAUAAAUAUUCAGAAUUUUCCAAUCACUGUCCAAUUGUAACAAUAAACAAACAUUUGUCCUUUAUAAUUAUGUUACACUUUAAAAGUACACCAUCAAAUAUGAUCUAGUCAUUUAUAAUCAAAUUGAAUGAGAAUUUUUUCUUGGUGAUUUUUACUCUCAAUGAAUGUUGAAAAUAUUACAUUUCCCUGAAGGAGAUUUAUUAAGGUUUGCAAACAUUGGCUCCUUGGUUACCAUAAUGUGAUGGAUUUAAAACAAAAACAAAAGGGUCUGUGAAGCUGAUUAAAUGAUAACCCAUAUUUAACUGGACUGUGGACAGCUUGAAUGGACAACAUUACUUUAAGCAAGAACCAGCUUCAGGCCAUUUUAGAGCUUGUCAGUCAAAUAGGCUCCAAUAGAUCACAAAAUGUUUCAGUAACCAGUGUAACACCAACUUGGGAACGAAGACCAUUAGAUGUAAAUGGGAAUGACGACUAUUGCACCACAAUUUAUAAUGCUGAUGGUGAUACAAAUACACUGGAUAAUCCUGAAAAUUCUAUUAAUACAUCCAAUGUGGGGGAUAAUUUCCUAUGUUCAACUAGCAUGGAGACCAUUCAAUCAAACAAUGAAACCUUAUUUUGGAAAGCAAAGGGAGAGAAUGACUUGACCAGGCAACAAGUUUCUUUGUCAUCAUCAGCGUUAGAAUCUCCCAUAGAAUAUCCUUAUUUUUCUAACUCAUCACCAUCUCAUCAGCUGGUAAAAUCACAAUCAUUAGGUGCAAUUGAAUUCCCAUUCAAACCAGCUUUUCCUAAGGAACCAGUAACGGGUCAGCCACUAUCUUUAAAGCAACCGCGAACAGUGCCUUCAACAAGUCACUCAUUGCUAUCUUUUGGAUCUAGUCAAGGGUCACCAGUUAACUUUCGUCGCUAUACUCGCAACGUUACCUCUUCUUUUGGGAGCAUUUUUGGAGGUGGCGACCCAGUUGAUUGGAAUGAGAAACGUCAAAAGAUUCUCAAAUAUCGGGCAGAAUUAUCAGCUCAGAAAGAGGAAAAGGAAAGAAGAGAAAAAGAAGAAAAAGAAAAAACUCGACAAGAAGAAGAGGUCGCUGAAAAAAGGAUGCUUGCUGUUCAACGAAGGUUAAAAGACGAGUAUGAAAUGGAAAAGCGACUUAUUGAAGAGAAGCGCGAAAUAGCUGAAAAACGACGUUUAGCUGUUAUAGCUGCUAUGGAACAAGCAAAAAAUCGAGGCAAACAACGAAAGGAUAGCCAAGGCCAUGAUAAUGAUCAAAGCUCUAUUUCACAAAAUGGUCACAUUUCUGUGGCCACGCAAACUGAUAGAUAUCAUUUUAACACAACGAAUAACAGCGAAUUUUCUAGAAGUGAUAUUCAUUGCAAAGAAGCAAAUUAUUGUUCCUCUUCUGCUCAAACAGAUAUUAGUUUAUUAUUUGAUCUUAUUCGAUCUCUCGGCUUUUCCACUAUGACGUUGAAGUGUCCAUCUGAUGAGGAUGAUGAUGGUGAUAAUGUUAUUUUCAAUGAUGCUGAAGGAAAUUCUAAGCUGUUGAGAUAUAUGAAUCUGAAAGGAGUUAGAACUCCAAAUAAUCUUCUAAAUCGAACUGCCCGACCAAGGGUUGGAAAAAGUGGUUUAAAAUUUGAAUUGAAUGACAAUUUAACCGGAUCAAAAAGAAGUGAAUUUAUGAGUAAAAGUGCCUCACAUACUAAUUUAACUAGAAUAGACAAAUCAAGGUUAGAUACAAGUCCAGAUAAAUCAACUAAUCGGUUAAAAAUGGCUUCUUCAUCAUCCAAUAUCUUUUCAAAUGAAACCAAACAAAAUCGAGUUAAAUCUUCAAGCAAGAAACAACCAACCUCCAAUCUUCCCUUGAUCAGUGAUAAUCAAUUGCCUAAGCAUGAUUUUGUUUCAAGUGCUAGAAAAGUAUCAAAAUCAACUUUAGAAGGAAUUUUGUAACCUGAUUGUUGAUAAAAAGUGAUAAUAAGAUGUUUUUCUUGAACACAGUUAAGUUAUUGUUAAUUAUCUUGUUGUAACUGCCAGAAUAAUGAGAUGUAAAUUAAAAAAAUAAACUAUUGAUUGAGAUGAAAA